AUGGAUACGGAGACCCUUUUUGCACUAGUCGCUAGUCAAUUACCUGAGAAAGAUUUGUCUUUUACCCAAGACACGAUCAUGGACGCAUUGUUAACGUCUAACGGAAACGUGGAUGCCGCUGUCAGAUAUUUACUUGACACCAGAACUACCAAGACGAAGAAGCGUAAACACAUUAAUCUUGACACAUGGCUGAGAUCAUCCUCAAGGUCGAAGCAGGUCAAAUCAAAACUCGAGGGACCAGGCCCAUCGUCGACCAUGACAGUGUCCAGUUCGAAUCAUAUCCAACAGUCAACCUCUUCUGCCCUGAACUCAAAUUCCGAAAAAACAGUUAAUUUGUUGUCUGUUCUACGUCAACCGCCUUCACUCAAGAAAGAACCUUCGCGCUUGCCACCGAUGCUACUUUCGAAUCCCCAGAUGGUUGCCAAGUAUACCCCUUGCACUAUGCAUCUUGGUGUUCUUCCUCCAGAACUUGCUUGUAGGCUUUUCCAUACAAUGAUCAACGCAUCAAAAAAUUGGAAGAGAAACAAAUGGUGGCUGUUUGAUCGCGUCGUCGAAAGUCCGCAUCUGACGUCCUUCUUUGCGCGAAAAACGGACGGGUUAGACGAUGACGAGAACUGGCAGGAGGCUGCUCAGUACUGGUACAACGGAAGGAUGACAGAGCCACCAGAGCCAUUCUCUCCGGAGAUGGAGGAGGCCUGUAAAAUAAUCGAGCACGUUGUGAAUGAGGAAAUGAAAAAUAGGAAACGAUUUACACUUGAGUGGGCAGGGAAAGAUGGGGCAGAUCCCCUUUGGAGAGCAAAUGUUGCUGCCUCAAAUUGUUAUCAAGGGGGUAGAGAAAGCGUCGGUUUCCAUUCUGACCAAGUUACAUAUCUUGGGCCGUACCCCACCAUAGCUUCACUUAGUCUGGAAAGGCACAAACCUUCAACAUUCCGCUGGCCCACAACUCACUCAUAA